AUGGCGAUUCAUUCCCAAGUCUGGAAAGCCUGCUUUGGCAAACCCGCUGACGGCAUUGAAAAGAGCGUUGAGAAAGAGGAUGAAUAUAUGAUCAUUGACAACGAUCCUCCUAUUACCCGAUAUAUAUCCGUUCCUAAGGACAUGGAUCAACUAAGCUGUUCGGCACUGACUGCUGGUAUAGUAGAAGCUGUUUUGGAUGGCUUGGGUUUCCCAGCUCGUGUUACUGCCCACUCGGUCCCGAUGCCAAAUCUCCCUCACCGCACAUUGAUUCUAAUUAAGUUAGACCAAUCUGUACUCGAACGGGAAGAGGCCUUGAAAUCGACAUAA